ACUACCAAAAAACCGCUGGCCCUCUUCAGUCUCUCUCAACCUCUCUCUGUACAACAAAAAAUUGAAGAAUCUGAAUCUCACUACAUAAUUCAACACUAUUCGUAAUCGCAAACCCUAGGUUAACGAUUCUCUCCGUUUAUUCGCUCUUUAUUGCUUCCAGAUCUUACAACAAUUGCUACACAUCUUUAAUCGCCUACUUUUCUGUCAAUUUAUCAGUUAUUCUUUAACAUCUGUACGUAUUAUCGAUCGUUGUUAGCUUAGAGAGAGUUUGAUUAGAUUCGGCUUAUAAGCGUUUAAGUGGAUCGGACAUUUAAGUGUUUUAAUCAUGGUAGCUAUGAGUGCUACUGCGUCGCUGUUUCCGGUUUCUUCCCCAAAACCUCACUCUGGAGCCAAGACAUCUGAUAAGCUUGGAGGUGAACCAGGUAGUGUUGCUGUGCGCGGAAUCAAGACAAAAUCUGUUAAUUCCGGUGGUAUGAAAGUUAAGGCUAACGCACAGGCUCCUACUGAGGUGAAUGGGAGUAGAUCACGUAUCACGCAUGGCUUCAAAACCGAUGAUUAUUCUACAUCACCUGCCCCGAGAACCUUUAUCAACCAAUUGCCCGAUUGGAGCAUGCUUCUUGCUGCAAUCACAACAAUCUUCUUGGCUGCAGAGAAGCAAUGGAUGAUGCUGGAAUGGAAGACCAAACGCCCCGAUAUGAUUGCUGAUAUGGAUCCUUUCGGUUUAGGGAGGAUUGUUCAAGAUGGCCUUGUAUUCCGUCAAAACUUCUCUAUUAGAUCAUAUGAAAUAGGGGCUGAUCGAACUGCAUCGAUAGAAACCCUAAUGAAUCAUUUACAAGAAACGGCCCUUAAUCAUGUAAAGUCUGCGGGUCUUCUGGGCGAUGGAUUCGGUUCAACACCAGAAAUGUGCAAGAAGAAUCUAUUUUGGGUGGUGACAAAGAUGCAGGUGAUAGUUGACCGUUAUCCAACUUGGGGUGAUGUUGUUCAAGUAGAUACUUGGGUAGCCCCAAAUGGGAAAAAUGGUAUGCGCCGUGAUUGGCUGCUUCGCGAUUAUAAAACAGGCGAGAUUUUAACAAGAGCCUCAAGUAACUGGGUUAUGAUGAAUAAAGAGACAAGGAGGUUAUCGAAAAUCCCAGAUGAAGUUCGAGGUGAAAUAGAGCAUUACUUUGUAGAUGCACCUCCGGUUGUGGAGGAUGAUUCUAGAAAAUUAUCUAAACUUGACGAAAGCACUGCUGACUAUGUUCGCGACGGUUUGAUUCCAAGAUGGAGUGAUUUGGAUGUCAACCAGCAUGUUAACAAUGUGAAGUAUAUUGGCUGGAUCCUUGAGAGUGCUCCACAAGUUGUGGAGAAGUACGAGCUUGCUCGCAUUACUCUCGAGUACCGUAGAGAAUGUAGGAAGGAUAGUGUGGUGAAAUCACUGACCUCGGUAUUAGGUGGUGGCGACGACGACAAUGGUGGAAUAGGCGAUUCUGGCCGUGUUGAUUGCCAACAUGUGCUCUUGUUUGCGGGUGGUGGAGAUGGUACUCCUGGUGGCGAGAUUGUGAAGGGAAGGACCCAGUGGCGGCCGAAAUAUGAGAAACAAGAUGGGAGUGUUGAUCACUUCUCUGCUGGAAAUGUUUAAUAGCAUUUUUGUUGUCCUUUUGCCUCAUUGUAUGUGUAAAGAAUCAAUCGUCAUACUGUGCUCUUAGAAAUAACUUGCAAUGUCUGGGCCUGUCACUCACAUGCAUGUAUGUAUGUGUAUAUAUUUAUGUAUAAUUUGUAUGUUUUUUUCUUACUUUUUAAUACAUAUUUGUUUAUUUAA